UCUGUCUCUCCCUAACCCUAGUUCAUGGUCUCCUCUCUGCCUCUGCCAUUUGGGCUCCUUUGCCGGUCUCCACCUCGCCGUCGGCCGUCCAAUCCAAAAAUUCGUCCCUUCUACAUCUCAGUUACUCCAUAUUCUACUUUCGGCUUCUCCACUCUUUCGUUGGAUUCCGCCCUCAUCUCUCGGCUCUCACAAUCACACUGUUUUCUCCCUCGUCUCUACCGCCUCACACCCUCCGCCCUCUGCCCUCCGCUCCUCACAUCCUCAGAUGCCAAACGGUCAGACCUCACUACAACACAGUCAGCUACUCAAGACCGCAACUCACCAACUCCUUCGUUUCUUCGUCCAGUCCUCUUUAAGGAAUCAAGUCUCUAUGGCAGAUAGGAUGAAUUUAUUGUUCUGUCACAGAAGAUAUUCUUACAGGAUUCAAAAUGCAUGCCCGUGGUUGGCGAUCAAUUUAUUGCAUGCCCAAGAGGCCAGCCGUUAAAGGGGUUCUGCACCUAUUAAUCUUUCAGAUCGUUUGAACCAAGUGAUUCGAUGGGCUUUGGGAUCUAUGGAAAUGUUUUUCAGUAGGCACUACCGUAUAUGGUAUGGAUAUAGUGGAAGGUUGAAAUGGCUAGAGAGAUUUGCUUCUGUUAACGCCACCAUAUAUCCAAUCACUUCAAAUGUUGAAAACCUAGGAGAUUAUUAGUUUAUAUUUAUUAAUAUAUUUCAUACUGUUUCAAACGAUGUAAUA